CAGCACAGUUAACAUGACCUCCACAAGACAUGAAGGCAUGGGAACUGCUGUGUUUCUUCUUGGCUGUCACACUGGACCCUUGUGGAUCUCAAGUCUUCUUCAGUUACCACAAUAGUAAUAAUGAGAAACUCAUUAUUGGAAGAUACAACGAAGAUGUGAUUCUCCCUUGCCUGUUUACAAGCGAGCCUCAAGUUGUAAUUCACUGGAAAAUUCAAGAUAACACUGUUCACACUUACUUCAGAGACAUGGACCAGUUGGAAGGACAGUAUCUUAGAUAUGCAAACAGGACAUCCCUCUUUCAUAGUGAAAUUCACAACGGGAAUGCCUCUCUAGCUGUCAGAAGAUUGAGCCUUCUGGAUGAAGGAAUUUAUACCUGCUAUGUGGGAACAAGAAGUAGAUAUUAUGUGAGCAAAGUGGUGCUGAAAGUGGGAGCUUUCCACACACCUUUAAUGAAAUAUGAAAAAAAUACAGAGAGCUUCCUGGUUUGCAGUAUCCUGAGUGUUUAUCCUUAUCCACGUAUCACAUGGAAAACGGACAAUGCAAUUGUCUCUGGAAGCAGUACAGAAGUAACUGAGUCUCCGGGUCCUUUUUAUGUUAAAAGUACACUGAAUGUUACAGGAUUAAAUUCACCUUGUGAGUGUGUUAUUGAAAAUUCACUUCUCAAUGAAACAUGGAGAGGAGAGUGGACAUUGGCAGGUAGUCACUGGAUGAAUCAAAGUGAAUCCAUCUCACUCGGGUGCACUGUCGGCAGCAAUUUCUCUCUACAAAAUCAAGACUUCCGUGUUAAUUGGUCUAAAGUAGAAAAUGUCUUGGAUUGGCAUCUGAAUUCUUCACAGGACAGAACUGCUAAUGACCUUCACUUCACACGGAAUAAAGAGCUGAGAGAUCACCAUGACUUACUCAUGACAUUGAAACAUCUUCAUCCUUCAGACAGUGGGGAAUACUUGUGUAACGUUUCUUCACCUAAGUAUACAUUCCUCACCGUCCACAGGGUGCAAGUAGCACCAAGUCGAGCUUCACAGCAUCUUGGAAUUUGGGUUUCACUUGUACUGCUGAUGGUGCUGCUAGCAAUAUGCUUCUAUAUACAGAUGAGAAAGUCCAGUGACUCUGAAGGAAAUAUGAAUCCAGGAAGGAGUUCAAGUACGGAGCAGGCUCAGGAAGCAGGAACCAGAAGAAACAGAUUCUCUGAUGAAGGAGACCAAUACUUCCAGGUUCCCCCAUCAGAGGAAGAAGUGCAUCGUGGUUCUGAUGAAGUAACGGAGCACACUUCAGAAAUGUGUGCUGUCGUUAUUGAGGGUGAUAACUCCAGUGGAAACGACGGACACAAAGCAUCAUCUUCUUCAUCAAACCAUUCCUGAUGCAAAGUCCCCUUCAGAAAAGGCAACCAGCAAGUGAAAUCCUGUUCUCGACGUAUAGAAGAAAUCCUCUGCUUGACUUACUCCUUUUAUCUGAAGAUUUACUUGACUGACGUCAUCCUACCUUCGUUCACUGCCAUCAGAUUUGACAAUUUCACUGUUGUGAAGACAGUCAUUUACUUCCCAGGCAUGGGUUUGAAUGUGGCCCUAAAGCUCAUGUAUUAGAAACAUUAUGUAAUAGUGUUGAGGACUUUACCAACAUUAUGGAAGCAGGUUUGUUCCUGGAAACUGGAAACAAACUGGAAAACUGGUUUGUUCUGAAAGUACACUCUCUUUCUCUUGACCUCUCUUGACUUUCAAACUUUUGCCAUGGGAAGUUGUGCCCAAAAGGCUCUAACUGGAUGAUAACACCUUAAUACUGGAAUUCCUAGCUUAUAGAAUUAUAAUAAUUAAUUUUUUUCUUUAUAAAUUAUUCAUUGAACAGCAACACCAACCAAAGACAUCCAGAACUGUAUUGACUCUUUAGGAUGUAAACAUCAGUCACUGAUCUACUACCUGCAAUAAGAUGAUGGGUACCUGUGUGCAAUGGAUGAGUUCCACUUCUUGUUAAUGAACAUCACUGUUGCAGCCAGGCUAGAAGGUUACUGUGCAUUUCCAUGAGCUCAGCAGGCCUGUAUGAUUAGAGGCUGCUUCAAGAUCUGAGAGAGCAGGUGGGAGCAGGACUAUCCUUAGUGGAACUGUAAAGAGCCAUGCAUGACCUGGAAAUAAGACAACUAAUGUGAUACAGUAUUAUCCCCUAGUCUUCGACAAUGGCUGUUUGAGCAUAACUGAUUAGCCUUUGGAUGAUGAGUUACAGGAUCCUGGAGAGUAAGGAUGCCAGCAUCUCCAAGACUACUUAGGGAAGGAGAUCUUAUCAUCACUAGGAGUGACCUGUCUGGUGGGAGUUACAACUGGCAACACCAGGCUGGCAUAGCUGCUGAUGGAUAGCCAUGAAGAUGAUUUAAGGAAGACUUUGGGCUCAGUUGCCAUAUUAUUCAUCAGUCUUCUAACAGGUUAAGAGUUCCAUGUAACUGUUCUGCAGGGGGAGAAUGUAGGGCCUGGCUGGCUUGAUCUGUUCCUUUCAUUUUAAUAAUCAACUUAAAGUGAUGUCAGUACUUGGAAGUUUGUUGAUAUAACUGGGCUUUUUCCCCCUUAAGUAAUCAAGAUUUUGAGACUGUAGUUCAUAAGGGAAAAAAGUGUGGUGUGAUUGCCACCUAGCUAAUCUUCUCUACCAGCUGAUACGCUUGGUAUCGUACUUGUAUACUAUGUAUAUAGUUUUGGUAAAUUUUUGUAUAAUGUACAAGAUAUUCAUAAACAUUAAAUGUGUGAAAUAUUCCAACGUAAAUAAAAACUUCACUGAGAUAAUAUUAUAAUUGAGUUAAUUAUAAUACCUCUGUUACCUAGUGAGGCAGUAGUUAA